AUGUUCUCUCAUCUGUUCCACUCUCUGUGGAUUUCAAUGAGUGAAGAAGAACGAAAUUUCAUUGGAGGAUUGGCAGUGCCUUUUAUGACAUCGGGUGUGCAUGUGCAACAAGCUCAUGCUGUUCAUCCAGUGAUCAACAUUCUCCUGGAAACCUUCUCACAGUGUAAUCCACCAAUUCACAUUGAUGCUAAUGCGACUGAGUUCAUAUCUCGCUAUUACCACUCAUGGCAUCGUGGGAUUCUGUUGUUGGAAAAUCGGGCCCUUUGUAUACCACCCAUGCUCAGCACUACAGUUGUUAUGCAGCAGUCUCCUGAAGGGAUCGUCCAGGAAAACAUAGAUGUGUUGACCUGCCUCGGCUUGCUCUAUUCCGAACUUGCUGAGCAGGACCAAUAUGCUGCUGUGUGGAAUCGUCGUGCACUUACAAUGGAUACGAUCAAAAUGCUGGCUCUGCAACAGCUAGGUGACAUAGAGGAGGCAUUGGAUUAUGGACAGUCGGCUGCUCGUACUAUGCUUCAUAGGAUGGAAAAUCAGUUUGGAAAGAAUUCAGUUAACGAGGCCAAUUUCAUGGAAUACGAAUUCCUGGAUAAUGCCUACAUACAGUGA